AGAGAGAGAUCCCCCUUCUCCCUUGGCUAACAUGGUUUCCCUGUCAUUCCAGAAACGCGUCUGGGAGUGGACAGACAGAUCCAGCACUAACUACUUCUCCUGGAAUUCAGGAGAGCCCAACAACGAACAUAACAAAGAGUACUGUGUUGAGCUCUUGGCCAAGACAGGAUUUCUCAAAUGGAAUGAUGUACCUUGUGAGUCCGUUCAUCCUUUCCUCUGCCAGUGCAGAUUGUAGUGCAAAUCUCUCCUUUUCUUGCUCCCGAGUGAGCGAAGCCCCUGGUGAAGUCUGGAGAAGCAACGAAGCUCUGCACCCCUUCACUUCGUGGAUGCUUUCUGUAGCUUUGAUCUGGCUUUGCUCCUCUUGAUGGGGCAGAAAGUCAAAUAAA